UCUUUCGGAAAAAUUAAAGAUGUCGAACAUUAAGAGGAAGAAGACCAGAAAGUUGCGUGGUCAUGUGAGCCAUGGUCAUGGUCGUAUUGGCAAGCACCGUAAGCACCCUGGUGGUCGCGGUAAUGCCGGUGGCAUGCAUCAUCACCGCAUCAACUUCGACAAAUACCAUCCAGGUUACUUCGGUAAAGUUGGUAUGAGGAAUUUCCACUUGCGUCGCCAACACAAAUUCUGCCCCACCAUUAAUUUGGAUAAAUUGUGGUCUUUGGUCGGCGUAGACAAGGUUGCUGAAUUGGAGAAGGAGAAGACUCCUAAGGCCCCCGUUAUUGACUUGGUUAAGUUUGGUUACUACAAGUUGUUGGGCCGUGGCCACUUCCCCAAUCUUCCCGUAAUUGUUAAGGCAAAAUACUUCACCAAGAAGGCUGAAAACAAGAUCAAGAAGGCCGGUGGUGCCUGCUUGUUGGUCGCCUAAAUUAAGAAAACCCUUUACCUCUUAAGUUGUGAAACACAUUCGACCAUCUGAACUGUAUUUGUUUUUUAAAUAAAGCCGUCUUAACAAGGAAUUUUAAA